UGAAUGUUGCAUGACAGCGGUGUUGUUUAUGGUAGGCCAAUAUAAUGAUGUGUGUUGUUUAACGUUAUGUGUUUGUUUAUCUUGUUAACUAGCUAGCUAGCUAACAGCUCAGUAGUAGUUUUAAGGGUUGUUGCUUAUUACGUAGGUAUAUUAAUGUAUGCCCCUUUACCCCAUACCACACUAAUGAAGUUGAACUGUCCUGCCAAUAAUUAUUUUACUUUCUCUCUGUCUGAGGGACUUUCUAAUCUGAUAGGAUGGAGAGUUGAGGUCAAUAUAGGAUUAGAGAAAUGUCUACGACAGCCAAUGUAUGUCAGAGAAAGAACAAGAACUGACUUCCUUAUUCAACAACAUUCAACACAGACAAGUCAUUCAUUUUGAAGUUGUCUGUUUUUAAUGGACACAUUCUGUGCAGGUUAGCCAGGGUUGUACCAAAUGACUGUUGGUAGUCUAUAUCCAGCGGUAAAGUCUAGCCCAAUCAGGACCUGUUUUCACCUGGAGUAAUCAAUUAAAGCCUCUUUUGCUGGCUUCCCCUGUAAACCCAGGGACCAGUUGCAUAAAACAUCUUAAGUUAAUUUCCCCCUUUAUCGUUUCCCUUUAAAGUCAGUUGCACAACAUUUUUUAAGGCGAUUUUCUCCCUUAAAUUCAGUGUAAAAGUUAUCGGUGCCCAUGAGGACCCUUAAGUGUUUCAUUCACUCCCCACGUUGUAAAGUGUAAACUAAUAACCGGGAAGCAAGUACAGGGAAUGAAUGUAAUCAAUUAAAUGUAAUAAACGAACAUGGAACAAAACAAGAUACCUCGAGUAGCGUACAGACAUGAAACAUAUAAACAGAAACAACGCCUGAGGAAAGAACCAAAGGUAGUGACAAAUAUUUGGGAAGGAAUCGAGUCCAGGUGAGUCUUAUGAGGCGCAGAAACGAUGAUCGUCCUAUGGGACUUGGGACUUGUAGCGACUGUGUUGACUUCAAAAUCUGGGGUGUGAACUACGUUUCUAUUCAAGCGUUGAUCGACAUGGUAAUGGCUCUAUAGUAUUGGGGAAAAGUUGUUGUUUUUUAAACGGACCCUCCGUUACAUCGUGACGUGUCAUGGCGUAACGUACAGCACGCGUAAAGCAACUAUUUCUGCCUUACAAUCUCUCCCCACCAGGUGUAGCACUUCUCUCAUCGUUUAAAAACAUGAAAUGGACAAUGACAUACCUAGUCAUUUUUUUGCGUCAUCACUGCAUGCGAUCAUGACUCUCAAAGCCGCUGUUUACUUCUGAAGAUCACUUUAGCACCUCCCUAAAAACCCGAUUCAAUUUCGACACAAAACCUUCCAAUAGGAGCAGCAGCAGGGGUGGAACGCGGCCCCACGGUGGGAGAUGAACCGCUAUACCACCAUGAGACAGCUGGGGGACGGGACAUUCGGCAGCGUGCUCAUGGGUAAGAGCAACGAAUCUGGAGAACUGGUGGCCAUCAAGAGGAUGAAGAGAAAGUUCUACUCGUGGGAUGAGUGCAUGAAUUUACGAGAAGUCAAGUCUCUGAAGAAGUUGAGUCAUGCCAACGUGGUGAAGCUGAAGGAGGUGAUCCGGGAGAAUGAUCACCUCUACUUUGUCUUUGAGUACAUGAAGGAAAACCUCUACCAGCUGAUGAACAACAGAGAAGACAGGAUGUUUUCUGAGAAUGAAAUAAGAAACAUUCUUUUCCAAGUUCUGUCUGGCUUAGCGUUUGUACAUAAACACGGUUCCGUUUCCCCAGGUUAUUUCCACCGUGACAUUAAACCGGAGAACCUGCUCUGUAUGGGUCCAGAGCUGGUGAAGAUAGCUGACUUUGGAUUGGCCAGAGAGAUACGCUCCCAGCCUCCCUACACUGAAUACGUCUCAACUAGAUGGUACCGAGCCCCUGAGGUUCUCCUGAGGUCCCAGUCCUAUAGCUCUCCUAUAGACAUCUGGGCAGUGGGCUGCAUCAUGGCAGAGCUCUACACACUCAGACCUCUGUUCCCUGGAAACAGCGAGGUGGAUGAGAUCUUCAAGAUCUGCCAGGUGCUGGGCACCAUGAAGAAGAUGGACUGGCCCGAGGGCUACAACCUAGCAGCCUCGAUGAACUUCCGUUUCCCCCAGUGUGUCCCGACCAGCCUGCGCUUGCUGGUACCCAACGCCUCCAAUGAGGCCCUGGUUCUGAUGAGGGACAUGUUGCAGUGGGACCCCCAGAAGAGACCCACCGCCGUACAGGCUCUGAGGUACCUGUACUUCCAGGUGGGCCAGGCGUUGGGUCCUCCACCUCAGUACCUGGAGGAGCACAAAGCCCAGAGCAGGACCGCAGCAGCUCAGCAGGCUUCCUCUACAGAGCCCAAACCUCUCCCCUUCUGUAAGGCCAAUCUCCAGACCAUUUUAGAGACCCAGCCCCAGCCAACCCACACCCAGGGUCAGGGCAGGGUCCACCACCACCAGCCCCUCCAGCAAAUCCACCAGCCUCAGCACAACACAGACUGGGACGGACACAGCCAGCACCAGUACCAGCCAUCCUCACUCAGCCUGGUCAAACACACCCAGCCACAGAAAGCCACUCCAGCGGGGUGUGAGAACACCGUGUCAGGGUUCAGGAGCGGUAGGAAGCGGUGGGGACAGACGUCAGUGAAGGCAGCAGACACCUGGGACGAGGUGGAUGACUCUGACCUGGGCAUCUCCUUCUCCAAGAAGCCCAGCAUCGCAUCUCUCAGGGACAAACACCAGGACAACGACAACUACCGGUUUGCAGAGCCCAAGUCCAACAUGUCAUCAGUGAAGCAGCACUACCUGAACCAGUCCAGAUACCUCCCUGGCGUGAACCCUAAGACCAACAAGAGCAGCUUUCUGACAAGCCAGCAGCAGCUUGGAAGGAGUGUGUGGGCCAACUCCUCUUUAACCAGGGCACAUGGAGCAGGACUGCCACUUACUAAAGAUAACUUCCUGAGUAACACCUACAACCCUGGCAGCAGUAGCAUGUCAUCGUUUCAGAAGGAGAUGGGAUCAGCUGGACACAGGACCCAUCACCUAGCAACCGCUGGACACAGGACCCAUCACCUAGCAACCGCAGGAGGAAACUCUGCCAAGUACGAGGGAUGGAAGUCCAUGAAUCCUCAGAUCCCUGGAUCUUCUAGCCUCAACGGCAACGGUGGAGGGAAGAACCCCUCGUCCAGACCUCCUACUAUCCAGCCUGUACACGGACGGGUGGACUGGGCCACCAAGUACGGAGGAGGCCACCGGUAGCACAGCCCACUGGAGCCAUAUGACUGAGAAGAGUAGCCACUGUAGCCAUAUGACUGAGAAGAGUAGCCACUGGAGCCAUAUGACUGAGAAGAGUAGCCAUUGAUCCCACUGGAGCCAUAUGACUGAGAAGAGUAGCCAUUGAUCCCACUGUAGCCAUAUGACUGAGAAGAGUAGCCAUUGAUCCCACUGUAGCCGUAUGACUGAGAAGAGUAGCCAUUGACGGUGUACUUCCUGAAUUGAAAUGGAAUUGAUUCCGACCCUGGUGGGCAUUAGAACAGGCAGAACUGUUUCCCCCCUAUUGAGAAUCAAAUAUAAGUUUUAUUCAUAAAAAGUACCCCAAAAAAAAGCUUGGUCUGGACAUUUCUUGAGAACAUCUUCGAUAAAGUCCUUAUCAGUGUUUUUCUUCUUGCUGAAUACUUUUCAGUGUCAUUGUAUGAGGAGAAAAACCUAUUGUUUUGCAUUUUCCAUAUAUGAUUUUGAUUUCUAGUCAUGUGUAAAAUGUUGAGAAUAUCUAUAUUUUUUUUUAAUGUGUAAUCUUUCAAAAUUAAUAACUAUUUCAAUGUAGUACAUUGACAGAGAGCAACAGUGAAUCAUUCUCUGGACACACGCGUCGACUGAGACAAACUUUCAUGAAUAUGGAUAUUUUCAUACAUGACAUGCUUGUCUAGAGAGGUUUCAUUUGUCAGUGUUUCUUUACAUGAAUGUCAAUUCUGGCAUCAAAUUACUGUGUAUAUAAAAUACAUAAACAGUGAAUUUAAAACAUUGAAA